AUGCAUCCUGUAUUAAUGUACACGAAAGUUUCUACUGAUUACGAUCUUUAUGGAAUAAAAAUUGCCAUAAAUGAUCGAUUUGACGUCGCUGCUGAUAAUUUAUUUUCGGCUUGGUACGUGAGACUAUUUCCAUAUGCAGCCGAUACUAACUGUGAUAUAGAAUAUAGUUUGACAAGCUGUGAUUUUGUCUAUAGUGUUGUGGUGCCAAUCUCAAAUAAUAUGUCAUUCGUUUAUAAUUGUAUUGAUAUCCAAGGGAAUAAUGUUAUUGGUCUUUUUAUUGGUAAUGGUACGUGUAAUUUUCAACUGAGUGAUGAACAGAUCGUAACUAACUAUACUACACAAGACAAUUUUGUUAUUGGUAUUAAUGGAGAUAGUACUGGUGCAUAUGGUAUUGCUGAUGAUUUUAUAUUAUUUUAUCAAUUAUAUCCAACAACUAAAUUAACCGUUUGGCCAAAUACAUUGAAUAUUUCUCCUCGAGGAAUGGAUAUCGGUUCAAAUCAAAACUAUGCCGUUGUAGCUGGAUAUUGUCAAUCAUCUUCUACAGUUGCCAUUGAAUGUGGUUUUCUUAUUCAGUUAAAUACAUCCUUAUCAUGUCCAAAUAUUAUAAGUGAAUUUAAUAUUUCUACUGCUAAUCAUUAUCCAUGGAGUGAUCCACGUUCUGUUCGUUUGAUUACUCAAAGUCGAGUUUAUACCGCACAGCUAGUCAUGUCAGUGAGUAUUUGUUGGUAUACACAAAAUGUAUUAAUCGGUGUUCAAUCACUGAAUACAGUUUUCUUGUACGCAAUAAAUAAUACUCAAUCUCCAAUUAGUAGUCGUUCGAAUGGAGUUGGAUACAUGGGCUUUGGAAAAAGUGUAGCAUGGUUAGAUCAGACUGGUCAGAAAGCAGUAGUUCUAGCUAAUACGUAUACAUAUACAACUUAUGAAUGGAUUUCAUCAUUAGUCCAUGUUUAUGAUAUUCAAACUGAUGGACUUUUUGAUUCGACACAAUCGAUUCUUGUUUAUCCUAAUGGUCAACAAAUCCUUCAUCUAACAAUGGAUUCAUCUUUUAUUCGUCUCGUUUGUUCUCCUUUUGGUCACCUGGGUCUUCUAGAUCGUUUAGGUAAUGGAAUAGCAAUUCUUAGCGCUCCUCCAAAUACCUAUGCAAAUACAGACACACAUUUAUCCAUUACCAGUUCUCUUCCUUGUAAUCGUGGUACUAGUCGAGAUUAUGCUAGCAUUGAAUUAUGUUAUCCUUCUUCAGCAUCAAAUAAUUGUUCUGAAGGCUUAUUCUGUUCGUAUGGAGCUGUUGGUGAAGUUUCUUAUACAGCAUUUGAAUCAAUUGAUCAAGAUCAAGAAUAUCCUGAUUCACCUGAGAAUACUGUCUUCGAUGAUUUACUCAUGCAAAAUAUGUUUAGCAUCAGUUUGAAAUCAGCUCAUUGUUUGGUUGUAUCACCAAUCACUUGGGUAUUUGUUGUCACAAUAAUUGGCUUAACUAUUGUGAUUGGUAUGGCAAUUUCAGAAGCAUGUUGUCCUCAUCAUCAUUCAAUGCGCGAUCGAGCUAAAUAUAUAUUCAAAAAAAUGGAUCUUAUCGGCGAAGGAGAGCUAUGGAUUGGUGGUCUAAUUUCAGCUGCAAUAAUUGUUCUUAUUAUAUCAGCAUAUUAUUUUUCUAAUUCUUAUCUUCAACAAUAUCCAAUUGAACAAGUAACUAGCAACAGCUCAUUUGCAUGUGAUAUUACUUUACGUAAUGCAAAAUUUACUACAUCAACUCAAAAAAGAUGGGCUCCUCGUCGUACUACAAAAGAAAGUCAAUCUAUGUUUGAUUUACUUGAUGCUCAAGUAUUUACACUUAAUAUUGAUCUUAUUCAAACUGCAUUUACUUGUGAUGAUAGUUUCUAUGUACAACGUUUCAAAGGUUCUAAAAUUAUUAUAAUACCAAUUAAGAAAUGUGAAACGAAUCAUAAUGAAACUAUUUUAAGUUUGGCAAUCUUACUUCCAGUUCAGGAGAUUAGUGUUCGACUUGUAUUACCAGGGUUAAAAACUGUUGGAGCUAUUCGUAUUGGUGUAAGCGGACCUUCAGCAGAACUGGAAGAGGGAAGGUUCAAAUUAUUGGAUCUCAAUUUUGCGUCAACUUAUGUUCCAUCAUCACUUAAUGAAGUACUUGCUGAUUCAACGACAUUUCCUAUUGAAUUAACUCAAAUUGUUAAUCAAACUGAUCCAUUAAAUGAUAAUGGAUUAUCGACAUUUAGUGGUAUAUGGUCAUAUUCGUUCAGUGUCAAUUCUGAUGAACUUUUUGUUAAUGAAACUCGAUACACAUUCUUUUAUCGAACACAAACGAAUAUUAGUGUUACAAUCGAUGAGAAUAUAUUCUAUAUUAGUAAUGUACAACAACCAAUUGCCAGACAAACAGAAGUCGUAUUUCGAAAUCUUCUCUUUACUAUUGUCGUUUUAGAAGUCUUCGGUUUAGUUUUUCUUGUUGUCAAAUUAUUAAUCAUUCCUGUAUGUCGUACCAUAAAUAAUCGUAUAUAUAAAAAAUUCAUAAAAAAAAAGCAAACCAGUCCAACUAAUGAUAUAGCUGUUAUAGUCGUGAAAACUAAUCAUUCAUCAAAUAUUACUGAGAAAAGUCUUCAACGCAAAUUAUCAACACCCUUGAUUGUCGAACAAAUGGAAGAUUAA